GUGCGCACGCGCGACAACGUCGUCCACGGCAUGUUUGGCGUUGACGACGUGGUGGCCAUCAUCCGGGAAGAGAAGGAGGCGCGGGGCCUCGAGUCCAUCUUCAGCAGCAAGGCGGAGCUGCGCAGGGGCAGCGGCGCGGAUGACGGCGCGGCGGAAGCCAACUAG